AUGGCACCAUCAGUCAUAAACGAAGAGGCUGAAGACAGCGCACUCGAGGACUACGAUCAAUUCGAGGAAUUGCUCAACGAAAACGUCGAUGAAGGUGUAGAUGGACUUGAUGAGCUUGCUGUACCCGCUCCAGAUGAGAACCCCGACGAGGAGCGGACCGAGUACCACCGAAGCCUUGAAGAAGAACGAGAGAUUGGCAGUAGACGAAGUGCGAUCCAUGAACAUACACGCCAGGCGACCGAACGACCUUCCUUACAGCAAAGGCUUCUGAUACAGCUCUACACACACUCCUGGCUUGUGCUCUUCUCGAUUCUUGGCACGCUGGCAAGACUAGGAGUCGAAUGGAUGACAUACUAUCGCAAUGCCCCGGUGACUACGAACGUAUUGUGGGCAAAUUUUGGAGGAUCCCUAGUUCUUGGGUUCUUGCAAGAAGAUCGCGCCUUGUUCGCCGAGAAAAGAGGUCGCCACUUACUCUCGACCACGCACUCCAGCUCCAAUGGUGACGACACCGACGAAAAGGGGCAGCGGGACUCUCAAGCCGACCAGACUGCCAGGAAAAAGUCCAUACCACUAUACAUCGGGCUGGCAGUUGGCUUCUGCGGAUCAUUCACAUCCUACUCAUCCUUCAUGCGUGAUCUUUUCCUCGGGCUGUCCGAUGAGCUGAUUGGCAAAGACCAGGUUAAGAACGCCAGGAGCGCUGGUUGGAGUGCCGCAUCAGUCUUGGGUAUGGUCAUCACCGAGGUCACAGUCUCGCUUUCCGCCCUCUCAUUUGGCGCUCACCUAGCGAUUGCUCUCUUACCUCUACUUUCGAGCAUUCCCCGAAUGAACCUGGGCAAGAUCACAAAUCCCUUGGGCGUCUUCCUAGGAUUGGGUUGUUGGUUUGGUGCAGUAUGCCUUGCCAUCUGGCCUCCGCACAAUGCGUGGCGUGGACAAGUUGUCUUCGCCAUCGUCUUCGCACCUAUGGGCACUAUAGUGCGCUAUUGGCUCUCUGUGCAACUCAAUCGAUGCAUUAAGUCAUUUCCCAUCGGUACAUUCUCUGCGAAUAUGCUGGGUACCGCACUUCUUGCUAUGGCUUACGAUCUGCAACAUACAAACCUUCAGGGAAACAUUGUGGGCGGAAGUGUAAUCGGUUGUCAGGUACUGGCGGGUAUCACAGAAGGUUUCUGUGGAUGUUUGACGACAGUAAGUACAUGGGUGGCUGAGCUCAAAAGUCUGCGAAAGAGGCAUGCUUAUCUGUAUGGUGUCACAAGCAUCGCAAUUGGCUUUUCUUUGAUGAUCGUCAUUGUGGGAGCUCUUCAAUGGACGUCAGGACUGAGGGCACCGGUGUGUAAGGUUUGA